AUGGUUGCAGUCGGUAAACAACGCGAGGAGGAUGUCUCGGAGCCCAUCCUGGGCAAUCUGCUGGCCAAUGACCACACUCCCUGGUACAGGAAGCCUAAUCUGAGGACAUUGUACUUUGUCCUCUUCCCGGCGUGUAUGGGUAUUGAGAUCACGUCUGGAUUCGAUUCUCAGAUCAUCAAUACCGUGCAGAUCGUCUAUUCAUGGAAUAAAUAUUUUGGCCAUCCAACGGGGGAGAUGGUCGAUGGAAAGCCUAAGUAUGAGAUUGAAGCAAAUCUUAAAGGCUUCCUCGGGGCAGCAUACUCUCUCGGAGCCAUCUGCUCCCUCCCCUUUGUGCCCUGGAUCAAUCAACGGGUCGGCCGUCGAUGGACUAUUCUGUUUGGCUCCUACGUGAGCUUGCUCGGUGCCUUGCUGCAAGGAUUUGCCAACGGAGUCGGAAUGUAUGUCGUUGCGCGGAUCAUCCUUGGGUUUGGUAUCCCCUUUUGUAUCGUGGCUGGCUCUUCUCUGCUGGGAGAGUUGGGUUAUCCAAAGGAACGCCCUAUCCUGACCUCGUUGUUCAACUCAUCGUACUUCAUCGGCCAAAUCAUUGCUGCCGCCGUGGGCCUGGGGACGGUUACCAUCCAAACCGACUGGGCGUGGAGGAUCCCGUCUCUGUUACAGAUCGCUCCGGCCAUGAUCCAGAUUAUCUUUGUCUUCUUCUUGCCUGAGAGCCCUCGUUAUCUCAUCAGUAAAGACCGCCACGAAGAAGCCUUCAACGUGCUCACCAAGUACCAUGCUGAGGGGGAUCGCACCUCAGUCAUUGUCCGUGCAGAACUUGCCCAGAUUGAACGCACCAUCAAGCUCGAACUGGAGGAGUCCAAGCAGAGCUGGUGGGAUAUGUUUCGAACGGCCGGCAUGCGACGUCGUUUAUUCAUCUCCGCCUUCCUGGGCUUGUUUACCCAAUGGUCGGGCAAUACUUUGAUCUCAUACUAUCUGAGUGACCUUCUGAACAUGGUUGGCGUCACCGACGGAGUGGUCAAGUCGAAGAUCAACAUCGGCAUCGCCUGCUGGGGUCUCGUCUGCGGCACUGCACUGGCUCUGACUGCGCCUCGCUUCAAACGACGGACCAUGUAUCUGACGUGUGCUUGCUCGCUGCUUUGCGUGUACAUUGCCUGGACCAUCGCGAUGGAGAGAUUCCUGUCGACGCACGCCAGGGCGGCCGCUAUCCUAACAAUCUUCUUCAUGUUUUGCUAUUCCCCUGCAUACAACCUGGGCUACAAUGCCCUGACCUAUACUUACCUGGUCGAAAUCUUCCCAUACUUUGGUCGGUCCCGCGGUCUCUCGUGGUUCCAAUUCUUCGGUCGCGGAGCUGCAUUCUUCGCCACGUACGUUAAUCCGGUGGGCUUGAAGAAUAUCACCUGGAAAUGGCUGCUGGUGUAUAUCUGUUGGUUGGCCUUUGAAGUCGUCUUUAUCUACUUCUUCUUCCCCGAGACAUCCGGACGAACCCUCGAGGAGUUGUCCUUCAGUACGUAUCCUCGUCCCGUCUGUGAGACAUGGCUAACCGAAUCAGUGUUCGAGGGCAAGGAAAAAGCAAAUGAAGUGGCAGCUGCAGUGCACAAGCAGAUUGACGAUGAUGUUGACGAGAAGAGACCGGGUGUCCAUGUUGAACAGGCUUGA